AUGUCUGUGGAUCUAACAGCGGUUGACGGUAACAAUACACAUACUCUUGAUACAAAUUUGAUUGCAUUAGCAAUGCAUAAGCUAUCAAUCGACAACACAAAUGUUACAGAUGUACUGACCGACUGCAACAUUUAUCUCACUAAAUUGAACCGUUGUGAUUUAUUAAAAUCGGCAAACCUCAUAGAUUUAAAUCUUAUUUUUGAUUGCUUGAAUACUACAGAUCAAACACAAAUUGAAAUGAGCUGUGCAUUGCUCCAAAAACUUUUAUCCAUUUUACAGCCAAAUCACGCAUUUAAUAAGUAUUCAGCCAGUAUUGAACGUGCUAUACAUCAUCCAAAUGAUACAGUUAAAUCUACAAUUUUAUCAGAGUUGGAAAAAAUGUUAGCCCAUGAUAAUAAUGUGGAUAUCCAAGUGGAUUUGGCAUGUACUAUAGUUGACUGUUUAACAAGCAGUGAUAUGACUGUUUCAUACAAUGCAGUUAAAUGUCUUAAAAAAUUUCAAAGUGUUGAAACCCUUUCAUCAAUUCCUAUAUUAUCAAAGUUACAGACCAUAAUGGCAAGGGAUGCUAAAAUACGUACACGCGUCUAUGAUAUUUUAAUUCAUUGGGCUGAGUCUGUGGAUGCUUUAGCAUUAAUAAGUUCCAAAGGGCUCUUUACCAAUUUGGUGAAAGACAUCACAUAUCCAGAUGUAAUGAUGCAAAUGGUUACUAUACAAAUGUUAAUUCCUUUGAGUAUCACUGAAUAUGGGUUCGAUUAUUUGAAUUCUAUUGGAAUUAUAAGUGGGUUGUAUCGUUUACUGAGCUCUAAUCCAAAAGAAUUGGAUGACCCUUCAGUUGUUAUACUUAACCCUAUUGUGUUGGAGUUUUUCAUAAAAAUUACUCAAGUCAGACCACUUUUCAUAUUUACAACAUAUCCUAAAGUGUUUGUUGUAAUUUACGAAGUGUUAAAAGAAGGAGAUGAUUCACUAGUAGGUGUGGCUAUAAAUGCAAUCACUAAUUUGGCAUCUUCUUGGGAGUGUAAAAUGUUGUUGGAUAAUCCUUCUGCCAGUACGAUCUUACACUAUGAUGGUGAUGACGAAUUAGACAUUUGGAGUAUAUUUAUCAUAGAAUUAAGUCGUAUUGCUACUAGUACCAAAACUGAAUUAAAAGCAGGAGCUAUUCAAGCAAUCACAAAGAUAAUUCAAGUAGAGAAAGGUGAACUAUCUUCGAGAAAUGAUAUGAUCGAACGUACAAAAAAAUGGUACAAACAAUUGAAAGAUAACCCAUUAAAAAAUAUUGUCCAUGCAUCAUGUAUUGUACCAUUUUUAAACAUACAGCAAGCUGGAUAUGAAAUGCUCCAGACACUGGCUGAGCAAUCAUGGGGUCAAGAGGAAAUUAAUAAAUGUUCAACAUUACUCGAUCUUGUGUUCAAGGACUGUCCAAAAGAUCCUAUUCCAAUUAAGGAAUUGAAAAAAAUGAUUAUUAAAACUCUAUUAGAGUCUAAUACUUCCAAAAAUACUUUAAGCGAAGAACUUUUAUUCAGAAUUCAACAUAGUGAGGCUAUAAAAUCAAAUGAACAUGCACCUCAACCUGAUGUGUUAGUGGAAAAUAUGUCCAUUUAG